AAAACAAAAACAAAAAUAAAAAAGACAAGAGAGGAGGAGGAGAAGAGAAUUCAAACCAGUUUCCAUCGACGAACGAAACGAGAGGACCUAUUUUACAGUCACGAUUCCUCCUCUCUCUCUCUCUCUCUCUCUCUCUCUCUCUCUCUCGCGUAGAGCUCUUCUUUCAUCUAACUUCCCCAGACACACAAGUCGUUAGCUUGGAACAUAAGUAGGGGGGGUGCAAUGGCGAGGAUAAAACCUCAAGCUCUUUUAAAUCAAAGCAAGAAGAAGAAGACUCCUAGUCGUAUUAGUAUUUCCACUAUUAUCGUGUGUAAUCUUGUAGUCGCUGUAGUCAUACUCUCCUUGGUCACAACUUAUCGACAUUGGUCCCAAAGGUCAAGAAACACAAUUGAACAUGAAACUCAGAGUCAGCCAUUUGAGGACACAAAUGCUGCAUCGGAGCAUAAGAGUUAUGACCUUCCUGGUUAUGCUGAUAUAAACACAUCAAAAGGACUUAUAACUGUUGAACUCUUCAAAGAAGGUUCCCCUGAAGUUGUGGACAAGUUUCUAGAUCUAUGUCAAAAAGAUCACUUCAAGGGAAUGCCGUUUCAUCGGGUUAUAAAAAACUACUUGGUACAAGCUGGUCACUCGCCGAGCUCUAUACCUGUAGAAGAAUGGACAGCUAAAGGAAAACUUCGUGGUCGCCUUCACACAGGCCCAAAACAUGAGGCAUUUAUGUUGGGGACACCAAAAACCAAAGGGAACAACAAGGAUUUUGAGCUUCUUAUCACAACGGCGCCAAUCCCGGAUCUGAAUGAUCAGCUUAUAGUGUUUGGAAGAGUCCUUAAGGGAGAGGAUGUAGUACAGGAGAUCGAAGAAGUGGAUACGGAUGAGCAUUACCAACCGAAAUCGCUAAUAGGGAUCACUGGCGUUGUACUGAAACGAGAGAUAUGAAAAUGAAAUGAAAAUCUCUAUUCCUUCCUUCCUCUGUAAAUGAGGCCCACGCCAAAUCUUUUUCUUCAUACUCACUGUUUGUAUAAACCCUCUUUUUGAGGUUUCUCUUUUCUUUUCUAUUUUACAGUUUCUUCUUGUUUUUGUAAUUUUAUUUGAUCUUUCUCGAGGAAAUAGAAUCUUUGUUUGAUAUGCU